UCCGUGUUUCAGAUCAGUAACUACCAGGGUCCGGCCCGGGUCGUGGUCCAGCUGGUGACAGCGCUGACCCCCAACCCUCAGCUUCACGCUCACAGUCUGGUGGGGAAACAGUGUGACAAAGGGAUCUGCAUCACCGACCUGCAGCCCAAAGACUCCACCAUCAGUUUCCCCAACCUGGGCAUCCUCCAUGUGACGAAGAAGAACGUGGCCAAGACUCUGGAGGAGAGGAUGGUCGAGGCCUUCCGGCUGGGAUACAACUGUGGGGUCUCCAUCCAUGUGGACAUCGACGCUCUGCAGGGGGAAGUCAGGGUCCCCAGAGACCUCACCGAUCACCAGCGCAGUGUGAUCAGCAGCGCGGCGUCUCUUCAGGCUAAAGAAAUGGACCUCAGCGUAGUUCGGCUCAUGUUCACAGCGUUUCUCCCAAACAGUGACGGAGGAUUCACCAGAAGACUGGAGCCCGUCGUGUCUGAUCCGAUCUACGACAGCAAGGCUCCGAACGCCUCCAACCUGAAGAUUGUGCGGAUGGAUCGAACCGCUGGCUGCGUGAGCGGAGGAGAGGAGGUCUACCUGCUCUGUGACAAAGUCCAGAAAGAUGACAUCCAGGUUCGAUUCUAUGAAGAAGACGACUCGGGGGUCACCUGGGAGGCUCUGGGAGAUUUCUCCCCUACAGACGUCCACAGACAGUUCGCCAUCGUGUUCAAGACUCCGAAGUAUCGCGACCAGAACCUGCAGAAACCGACGUCAGUGUUCGUCCAGCUGAAGAGGAAGUCUGACAACGAGACCAGCGAACCUAAACCCUUCACCUACCACCCUCAGAUCAUAGACAAGGAGGAGGUGCAGAGAAAGAGACAGAAGACGUUGCCAAACUUCCAGGACUUCAGCGGUCAUGGAGGAGGUGCAGGUCUAUACCGAGGAGGAGGAGGUGGAGGAGGUCCUGCUGCAGGAGGAGGACCCGGCUCUACAGGAGCAGGAGGAGGUUACUUCCAGGGCUUAACUACCUACAACUAUGGAGCAGGAGGAGGAGGAGGAGGUUUCUCCACCGGAUACUCAGCUGGUCUGGGAGGAGGAGGCAUCAAACACGACUCUGAGAGCGACGCAGCAGACGACAGCGAUCCAGACGAUGACUCGGGGUCGGGGGUCGUGCUGAGAGCUGCGGCCCAGCCGGGAGGCCUGGAUGUGGGGGAGAGGACUGAGGAGGGAGGGGUCAGCGUGGAGGAACCAGAACCACACAGAGAUGAGCGGUCGGUUCAGGCGACCGGCCGACAGUUGGAGGCUCUGUUUCAGUACUCGGUCACCGGAGACUCUGCGUAUCUGUUGGCCGCACAGCGCCAGCUAAUGACGGCUCAGGACGAGGACGGAGACACUGGGCUCCACCUGGCCGUCCUCCACAGCCAGCAGGAGGCGCUGAAGAGUCUGACUCAGGUGGUCUCUGCUCUGCCUGGAGAGGAGGUGCUCAACACGAGGAACAACCUGUACCAGACUCCUUUGCACCUGGCCGUGAUCACCCAGCAGAGGGAGGCGGUGGAAGCGCUGCUAUUGGCCGGUGCAGACCCAACUCUGACCGAUCGUAAUGGAAACACGCCGCUCCACCUGGCGUCCCGGCUGGAAGGAGGAGGAGGAGGAGGAAGAGGAGGGAUGGUCCAGUUUCUACUGCAGCACAGAGAGAUGAGAGAGCUGCUGGACCACAGCAACACAGCAGGUAUGUGUGCGAUCCACCUGGCGGUCCUGGCCAAUCAGCUGUCUUCCCUCAGAGAGCUGCUGGAGGGCGGGGCUAACGUGGAGGCUCAGGAGCUCACCUGUGGACGGACGGCCCUCCACCUGGCCACCGAGAGGGACAACGUGUCGCUGGCCGGCUGCCUGCUGCUGGAGGGAAAUGCUAAGGUGGACUGCUUCACCUUCAAUGGCUCCACCUCCCUCCACAUCGCUGCAGGACGAGGCUCCGUCAAGCUCACAGCUCUCCUGAUGGCUGCAGGUGCAGACCCUCAGAAGGAGAACUUUGAGCCGCUCUUCUUCAGGGAGGAGGACUGCUGUGAUGAAGAGAGGAAGGAUGAGGAUGAAGAUGAAGGCUACAUCCCAGGAACCACUCCUCUCAACAUGGCCGCCACUACUCAGGUGUUGGAGCUUCUGAAUGGUAAAGAAUAUGAACCAAAAUCUCUACAAAAAGCCUUCACUCCUCAAGGCGACCUGGCGAGCCUGGACGUGGAGGUGAAGCAGCAGGUGUGUUGUGCUCUGGAGAGUGAAGGAUGCUGGGAAAAACUGGCUCACAGUCUGGGUCUCGGGAUCCUCAACACGGCCUUCAGUCUAAGCCCCUCCCCCGCCAAAACACUGCUGGAGAGCUACGAGGUCUCGGGCGGGACGGUCAGGGACCUGCUGGCUGGUCUCGGGUCAGUCGGUGAGUGCAGAGCGCUCAGCGUCCUGGAGGAGGCGCUGCGACGCCACGAGGAGGAGGAGGAGGAGGAGGAGGAAGAGGAGACGCAGAGGAUCGAGGAGACGAGUGGUGAGUCUCAGGUGCGGGAUCUGAAGGUGGACGCUCGUAUCGACAGUGGGGUCUGUGACAGCGGGGUGGAGCUCUCCACGGCGUGACAAACUCCAUCGAUCUCCCUUCAGGUUUUCAGGGCUGAAUGUUUCUCGUCACAAUUAAAUUGAACAAAAAACACGUUUUUAAGUUAAAGAAACGAAAAGCUAAACAUUUGGUUUGAUGGUUUUCAGCCCACACUACACUCCAACAGCUCUACCAAAUGUAAACGUGUUUUAUUUGUUCCUCACUUGUUAAAAAGGAAAAUACGAACAGAGUCCCUCAAAGGUCACGUGGUGGAAAAAGUAUUGAUUUGAUUGACUGUUAUGAUAUUUUGGAGUCGUGGUCUGUUGGUUUCUACAGCAGACGGAAAAGGUGCUAUUGAUGCUGAGAUGAUUGUAAAGAGGUUAAUUAGACCGAAAGGAUCAGUUCAGACUGUUUUAAAUCCGUCUUUAGAGAACACGCUCACGUCCACGUGGAGAACGAUUCCUCCUGUUUCAUGCAUUGCAUGAAGUGCAUGAAUCCAUCCUGGCCUUCUGGCAUCCUCUGGUUGUAUAGAAGUCUAUGAGAA